CGAAUCUGAUAAAGAGACCAGGCAAAGCCUUAGGGCCCCAUCCCAGACCUCCUGGGACAUGGGGAGGGUCAGGCACUUGGUUCUCUUCACUCUGUUAGGAACUCAGCUUCUACUCUUCCUUUCCAACAGAUCAUGUUCCAUUUCAAAGAAAUCAGAGCCCUUAAUAGGCCAAUAAGGUCACUUCCUACACUUUACUGGGCAUAACCACAUACCCUUCCACCACUGCCCCACCAUCUAAACAAAUGAUGGAAACUGCACGACUUCCUUUUCUCGGUGUUUGGAAAUCACCACCAGGAUCUGGUACCUACUCACCACAUUUAGGGGCCUAUUUUAUCCUUCCUUAAACAUGACCCUGCCCAUGUGCUCUGCUCCCUAUAAAAGGCAGGCAGAUCAGCCAGAGGAGCCAGAGUUGCAGAGAAGCUGAGACCAACUCAGAAACCUCCAGUUCUCAGGCUGAAGCUCCCGUGCUCACCCUCCGGUAUGAAGGUCUCUGCAGCACUUCUGUGUCUGCUACUCACAGCAGCUGCCUUCAGCACCCAGGUGCUGGCUCAGCCAAAUGCACUCCGCGACCUGUUCAACUGCUGUUUCACAUUUAACCAUAAGAAGAUCCCCUUGCAGAGGCUGAAGAGCUAUGGAAUCACCAGUAGCCAGUGUCCGCAGGCAGCUGUCCUCUUCAGAACCAAACUGGCCAAGGACAUCGGUGCCGACCCAAAGGAGAAGUGGGUCUGGAAUGACAUGAAACACCUGGGUCAGAAACCUCACACCCUGAAGACUUGGACUCUUUCGGCCACACUAAGACCAAGCCAGAGGCUGAGAAAUGAUUCUUCUCCCCCAGGCAUCCUGUCUCUAUCCUGGACUAAAUUGACCUGA